AUGUCAACGCCAGAAUACCUGAAAGGCAACAAGGAUGCUAUCCGUGGAUUCAUAGACAAGUAUGAUGUCUUCCUCUUCGACUGCGAUGGCGUCCUCUGGUCCGGCGACCACCUCUUCCCCGGAAGCGUGCCUACGUUGGAGAUGCUACGCAAGAAGAACAAACGCGUGGUGUUCGUGACCAACAACUCGACCAAAUCAAGAGAAGAUUACCGGAAAAAGCUCGAGAGCAUGGGCAUCCCAGCGACGGUUGAGGAGGUGUUUGGCUCGUCAUAUUCCGCCAGCAUCUACAUCUCACGGAUUCUGCCGCAAUCCCACCCCGAGGUGAAGAAGAGGAAUAAAGUCUUCGUGGUGGGCGAGGCAGGCAUUGAGACGGAGUUGGCCUCGGAGGGCAUCCCGUACCUUGGAGGCACCGAUCCCGCGUACAGGCGCGAUGUCACGCCCGAGGACUACAAGCUGUUGGCUGCCGGCGACCCUUCGGUGCUGGACCCGGACGUCGGAGUGGUGCUGGUCGGCCUGGAUUUCCACUUCAACUACUUGAAGAUCUGCUACGCUUAUCACUACAUCAAACGCGGCGCGCUGUUUCUGGCCACGAACACGGACUCGACCCUUCCUUCGGCAGGCGCCCUCUUUCCCGGCGCCGGAUCGGUCUCUGCGCCCUUGGUCAAAAUGCUGGGAGGCCAGGAGCCCAUGGCGUUUGGGAAACCCAACCAGGCCAUGAUGGAUGCCAUCGAGGGCAAGUUCCAGUUCGAUCGGAGCAAGGCUUGCAUGAUUGGUGACCGCACCAAUACAGACAUCCGAUUCGGUUUAGAAGGUAAGCUCGGCGGCACGUUGGGCGUGUUGACGGGUGUCGCCACCAAGGAAGACUUCCUCGAGGGCGACGUCCGGCCGCAUUAUUACGUGGAUGAGUUGGGGGAUUUGCUAGAGGGGGCGUGA